CAAACAUAACAGUGACUGAACAGUCGUCGCCACAGAACACUUAUUUUACAAUAAUUGUGUAGAAAAAAUUAUCAUAAAUAGUAUAAUGGAAGAACAAAAAGAUUUGCCAUUCCCGUACGAAUUUAGGGAACUUGAUCCCGAAGAAGAUAAAUUGGUUAAAGCCAAUUUAGGCUCAUUUCCGACAAACUUUGUGAAAGUGGGACCUAAAGGCUACAUGGUGUACAGACCCUACGUGAAAGAUGCUGCGAACAUCUACAACCUGCCACUGAGAGCAAACGACGUGUUUGUAGCCACUUACCAACGAUCAGGAACGACAAUGACUCAAGAACUAGUUUGGCUGAUUGAAAACGACUUAAAUUAUGCAGCUGCGAAAGUAUUACUUGCCCAACGCUUCGCGUAUCUUGACGGAUUCAUGAUCUAUGAUCCGGAGAAGAAAGAACAAUACGAAAGCAUAUUACCGAAUCCAGAAAAACUAGACAUAGAAAAAUAUUUAGAAUUGCUAGAAUACUAUAGUCGUGAAGGGAGUUUACUGCUUGCUUCAAUACCACCGACACAAAGGAGGUUCAUAAAGACACAUUUACCGUUGUCGUUGAUGCCUCCCUCAAUGUUGGACACUGUCAAGAUGGUGUACAUAGCCCGUGAUCCAAGAGAUGUAGCUGUAUCCAGCUACCACCACGCCCGAUUAUUGUAUUUAAUAAACAAACAGAGCAACUUUAAAGAUUUCUGGGAAAUGUUUCGUCGUGGCCUAUAUACGCUAACACCGUAUUUCGAGCACGUCAAAGAAGCUUGGGAAAAGAGACAUCACCCGAACAUGCUGUUCUUGUUCUACGAAGACUACUUGAAGGACCUACGAGGCUGCAUUAAGCGCAUUGCUGACUUCUUUGGCAAAAAGUUAAGCGAGGAACAAAUUCAGGGCCUCUGCGAACACCUCAAUUUCGAAAAGUUCAAAAAUAACGGCGCUGUGAAUAUGGAGGACUUUAGGGAAAUUGGAAUACUCGCUGAUGGGGAGUAUUUUAUCAGAAAAGGUCAAGCCGGAGGCUGGAGAGACUACUUCGACGAGGAGAUGACAAAACAAGCUGACGAAUGGAUCAAAGACAACUUAAAGAAUAGUGACCUUCGGUUCCCACAUAUGGAAUUAUAAUAAACUACCAAUAAAAUGUUAAAAACGUAAUUAUUGUAUACAUACAUCAAUGUGAAGUUAUUUUUGGAUUAUGGGC